AUGUGCCUAUUGUAACGCGGGAAAAUCUGCUAAUUUAUUUUGAAUUCUCCGCGAGAAUCUUGAGAUGUGAUGGAGCCUGGUGGAGCAGCCUUCAACAACCCCAGCAGCGGCAAGAUUGAUCAGCAGCUGAAGAUAUUAGAGGAUUUGAAGCGACAGAAUAAACUUCUCAAGUCGGGUACUCCACCCAAUCUUGUAAUGAGCAGUGUCCCUCCAGUUUCAACACAGAUUAUCUCUGAUCCUCAUGUUCCUAGUGGGCAGCAAAGGUCUGCACUAGAAUCUGCAAAUAAAACCAGUUUCGGAUACUUCAUUCCUCAGGAUUCUUCAUUCGGAAAUAUAAUACUUCCGGUUAUUCCACGGUUAAACAAGAAAUAGUUCCACUUCCUUCUACCUUAACAGCUUUAAGAUGGCUAGAAUGAAACUCAAAGAAUUAGAAUCUCAUCUGCAAGAAGUAGAAGAGUUUGAAUCCCCUAAAAUACUACUAGAGCAGUAUCCCACUAGACCACAUAUUGCAGCCUGUAUGAUUCAUACAAUGGCCUCAAGUUUUGACGAUAUCGAGAACAGGAGUAUACUAGAUCUAGGUUGUGGAUGUGGGGUACUGUCGAUAGGUUGUGUUAUGCUUGGGGCUGGAGCUGUUACAGGGGUGGAUAUCGAUCCAGAGGCUCUCGACACUUUCCAGCAGAAUAUUGUCGACUUCGACAUGGAGAAUGUCGACCUAGUCAACAUCGGCGUGAAGGAGGUUGACAAGGUUCUCAGACAGAAGUUCGAGGUCGUCAUCAUGAAUCCUCCAUUCGGGACAAAACACAAUAAAGGUUUGGAUAUGUUGUUCCUGGAGCAAGGAUUAAAGUUGGCUACCCGGGCAGUUUAUAGUUUACAUAAAACUUCUACAAGGGAUCAUGUUCUUAAAAAGGCAGAAUCAUGGGGAGCUAAACCACAAGUUGUUGCUGAGCUACGCUAUGACCUGCCUGCUACCUACAAGCAUCACAAGAAAUCAUCUGUUGAUAUUCACGUGGAUUUCAUUAGAUUUGCUGUCAGCAACUACAUAUAAUUUACCGGAGAAAUCGGCUGUUGAUAUUAACGCGGAUUUCAUAUGAUUAGCUGUCUGAAACUAGAUAAAUUCAACCGGAGAUAUCAACUGUGGAUAUUCAUGUGGAUUUCAUACGAUUUGCUGUCAGCAACUAGAUAUAUUCUACCGGAGAAAUCAGCUGUUGAUAUUCACAUGGAUUUCAUUAGAUUUGUUGUCAAAACUAGAUAUAUUCUUAGAUCCGGAGAAAACAGCUGUUGAUAUUUACGAGGAUUUCAUUAGAUUUGUUGUCAGAAACUAGAUAUUCUUUCGGAGAAAUCAGCUGUUGAUAUUCACGUGGAUUUCAUGAGAUUAGCUGCAUCAGCAACUAGAUAAAUUCAACGGGAGAUAUCACCUGUUGAUAUUCACGUGGAUUUCGUAAGAUUAGCUGCCAGAAACUAGGUAUUCUACCGGAGAAAUCAUCUGUGGAUAUUCAAGUGGAUUUCAUCAGAUUAGCUGUCAGCAACUGUGACUUUGACUUAUCAACCGGAUAAAUACAUCUGAUGACUAAUACAGUUAUCAGCUUGUGCAAACUGUUUUCUCCCAAAAACAUCUGUGAUUUAACUAUUCUUAUUAAAGAUUGUAAAAUCUUGAACAGUUAUAACACACUACAGUGACUUAUCAAGGUUUCCAUGAAUCCAGAAAAAAGUGUUCUCAUUUAUAUUUUUGUUUAUUUUUCAGA